AUGAAUCAGUACGGUAUGCUUAAUUUCGAAGAACAUAUACGUGUAAAGAGGGCCGGUGUUAAAAACUAUCCCGAUGAUACGCCUGAAUUUGACCGAAACAAUGUGUCACUGGAUUUUCCCGAUGAGUUGUUCAAUCAGUCGUUUUCAUCCCUGACAAGAAUUUCUCAAACAAUUUCCCGAUUGAUUAUGAAUUCCGCACGCCGCUACUCCCGCUUUGUGCUGUUCUUCAAACCCAUUUUCGGCGAUGCCUUAGUUGUCAAAGGUUCCGAAGAUCCAACAACAACAACUACUACUACCACAACUACGGCAAAUCCCAAUGAUAGUUUAAAUGAAGUUUAA